CACCGCAAGCAGUAACCAGCAGUCGUCGCGGCACUCUUCCGCCGUGAAGGCGUACACGUCAAUUUGCACGGGAUAAUCUCCCAUAUUUAAUUCUAGUUUCUGUAGAUUUUAUCACGCACCUUUACAAUAUAAAGUUAUCUACUUAUCACAAACAAAGUAACCAUGGCUUCCCUGGUACCGGACUACGGUAGUUCCGAUAGCGACAGUGACGAGCUGUCCGAAUCCGAAUCUUCAAAGGAUGAUAGAGAAGAGGAAGACAGUCAAGACAGUAAAGAUGAUAUUCAACAAGAUACUGCUUCCAAUAAAAAGCUUCCAUUACCUACACCAGAUUUCAACAGUGCACCUACAAUGAAAACUUCAGUCUUCAGUAAUCCUUUUGUUGAAGCAGAGAAAGCCAAGAUUGCCACUCUAGAAAAGCAUGUCAAGAUGACUCCUACUCUAGAUGACACAAAAAUGAUCAAUGGCAGGAAGAUUUGCUGGAACUAUCGCAAAGGUCGAUGUCGAUUUGGACACAAUUGUACCUUUGCUCAUGAUUCUGAUUUACACCGAACAGCUUCUGAAUUGGAAGCUAUGCGUACUCCUCAGGAAACUCUUAUAUGUCAAACACAGUACAAUGGACAAGUGAAUAUCAAUGAAGAAGAGGAAGUUGAUCAAGAGAAUAACCAAAUGCACAAGCGUAAAAAAAGACCAGGCCUAAGUCAAACUCUUGUUCCUGGAAAAAAAGUUAUGAAAAUGUACAAAGCCCAACAGGCUAAGGCAGUUAGUAGAUAAAUUUAAGACAUUUAUCAAGUUAUUAUUUAUUGCAUCAUAAAAUGAGUAAAGCAAUUGUGAUGAGCAUAGAUGCUUUUUGUAGUCUGAGGACAAAGUUAACUUUAACAUUUUGACUAUUCAGAUAUAUCAAAAAAUUGUUUUUUGGAAGUGAAUCUUUCUACAUAAUUGAACCAAGUGAACCAAUGUCAUGUAUUUAAUAGUCUUUGUAAAAUAACAGUUUAUAAUUACUUUGGACGUAACAAGCAAAAGUGUCUAUGUUCAGUCUGUCAAUAUUAAAAAUUAUUAGUGAUGCACUCUUCAUAAUACAGAUGAGUAGAUAGUACAACCAUCUUUCAUGUUAUAUAGGCAAUUUACCAAAAAUGCUUGAGUAGCUAUAAGUCAGCUCAAUCAUCGUUCAUGAAUUUUCCUAAAAGUUGUAUAAAUUAUCACUGUAAUCUUCAAGGUCACUGUGAAAGUUUAUGUUUAUAAGAAAUUCUUUUUAUAAACUAAGCCACAACUAUACAAGAACUUAACAAGGAGCUUCAAAUUAUAAAAUAAUUAUAUACUCUAUAACAAAUUGUCUUGGGAUCGAAUUUUGCUCUUUUAAUGUUUCCAGAUAUUUGAAAUAUUUUUUAAUGGAAAACUUUUUAGACUGAUAAAACAGUAUAGAACUGUUUUUUGAAACAUAACAAGCCUCAAAAUGUUAUAUUACAUAGAACCUUUCUGUGACGGAGGACAAGUUAUGCACUGUUAAAGUUUGGGUCCAGCUAUUUUCAUAUUACAUUGCACCUCAAGAACAUGAUUGUUUUUAGAUAUUAAUUAAAUAUAUAUGAUUAUUGGUAAAUUUAAUUUCCAACUUAAUGCAUUAUAUGAGGCUUCUUGUGUAAUGUAGCUUCCGUCAUUGUAGGGUUGAAACUUAGAUAAGCAAGUAUUUAAAUAUAACAUGUAACAUGGAUCAAUUGUGAUUUACCAUUCACUUGAAAAGUUAUACUUCCAUAUGUGUACUAUCAACGUCCUAUUUGUAAAAAAUUGUUAAAGAGUGACGAAAGAAAGUAAAGGUAGAUUUUUUUCUACAUAGUUUUAUGAUCUUAGUGAAUUACUUUUUAGAAUAUUUUUCUCAAUUUUUAUCUUUUUCAAAUGAAGAAGAUUUCAAGAAUUGUGUGAUUCUUGCAAGCAAUUACAAUUAAUGGAUAUUUUGACGUUUUCUAAAAUUUACUAUCACAUGUUUUAAUUUUUGUGGAAAAUUUGAAAUGUAGACAUAAAUUACUAGUCGCUAAUAAAUGUCUUUCAUUAAAUAUUUCAGAGAAGAUGGAUUUGUACAAAAAAAAUAGAUAUAAUUAUUUUAAAUAUAGAUAACAGAGAAUCAUUUGACAAGCUUUAAAAUUUUGUAAGUUGAAGUGUUCUACUGUAAUCAAAUGAUUUUAACAACGAGACGUUUUUAUCUUGGAAGAAAUAAUA